AGCCAGGCCAGGAAGGCACAACAAUAGCGGCAGGAAGCUGCUGCUGCUGCUAGGCCUCUGAGGGGAAAGCAAGAGGGAGCCUCUUCCUCCUCCUGGAGGAAACCGGGAUGGAGGUGGAGGCGGCGGCGGCGGCGGCGGUGGCCGGAGCUCCUCCCCGCCGGAGGGAGGCGGCGGUGGCAUUGUGACGCCCGAGGCCCUGGAACACCUGGAGGCCCCUCAGGCGGAGGAGGGCGGCUCGACCAGGCGGGAGACCUGAGGGUUUGAAGAAAAUAGCAAAACAUGGAUGGCCACAAAUACAGUUAUUCAAGGGAAUUUUAUGAUCGGUAUGCCCAAGGCCAAGAAAAGUCUGUGGUCAAUAAAAUGCAGCAGAAAUACUGGAAAACAAAACAAACUCUUAUCAAAGUCACGGGAAAGAAAGAGGAUGAACAUGUAGUGGCCUCAGAUGCAGAUUUGGAUGCAAAAUUGGAGCUGUUCCAUUCAAUUCAGAGGACAUGCAUGGAUUUACUUAAAGCAAUUGAACUAUAUCAAAAAAGGAUUUGUUUUCUUUCUCAGGAAGAAAAUGAAUUAGGAAAAUUUCUCAGAUCCCAAGGUUCUCAGGAUAAAACCAGAGCAGGAAAGAUGAUGCAAGCCACAGGGAAAGCCCUUUGCUUUUCUUCUCAGCAAAGGUUAGCACUACGCACGCCUUUAUGUAGACUUCAUCAAGAGGUGGAAACAUUCAGAUACAGAGCCAUUUCUGAUACAUGGUUGACUGUCAACAGAAUGGAACAGUGUCGGACUGAAUAUCGAGGAGCUCUGUUGUGGAUGAAAGAUGUUUCUCAAGAGCUAGAUCCUGAUCUUUACAAGCAGAUGGAGAAAUUUAGGAAGGUCCAAGCACAAGUCCGUCAUACAAAAUUGAACUUUGACAAACUGAAAACUGAUGUCUGUCAAAAAGUGGAUCUUCUUGGAGCAAGCAGAUGUAAUCUUCUGUCUCAUGUGCUAACAACAUACCAGACAACACUUCUUCAUUUUUGGGAAAAGACAUCUCAUACCAUGGCAGCUAUCCAUGAAAGUUUCAAAGGCUAUCAGCCAUAUGAAUUCACAAUGUUGAAGAGCCUACAAGAACCUGUAAAUAAACUAAUGGAAAGUGAAGAAAAAGAAGAAGAAGUGCAGCUAGAAAACACCAGAUUGGAAGAUGAUCAGCAGAGUCAGUUGAUUUCGUUAGAUGAUGAAAGCCACACCAAGGAACCAGUCAACUCAGCAGAAGAUACUAAGGACAUUCUGAGCACAUUGGGGGAGAACUUCAGCCAUACAGAGAAUUCAGGCACUAUAGAUGACUUGUUAGGCUUGAAAGCUGAAGAAAAUGCAUCAAGGGACCUGCUUACAAAUUCGUCAGAAAUUGAAGCAACUGAUAAGGACGAUAUGGUACUCUUGAAUGAGAUUCUCAAUGCAUCUUCUUUGGAUGACAGCGAAUUCAGCAGGGAAUGGACAGCUGUCUUUGGAGAGGAUCCCCUUGCUGACAUAACCACAAACUCUUCUGUAGGAGAAAUAGAAAACAGUCAGUCAUCAUCCUCAUCAUCAGGCUUCCUUCCCUCUCAGCUUUUAGACCAAAAUAUGAAUGAUUUGCAGUCCUCACUUCAAGGUUGGGCAGCCAGCAGCCUUAGCCCUUCGCCUGCACCACAGACUCCACCCAAAUCUGGCAGCCUAAACAUGAAUAUCAACAAGACGCCUCUGAAAGAUGCUGCAAGUUCAUCUAAAGAUCUAACUGCUUGGUUUAGUCUCUUUGCUGAUCUGGAUCCCUUGUCUAAUCCAGAUGCCGUUGGGAAAAUAGAUAAAGAACAUGAAUUGCUCAAUGCAUGAGAUGUCUGCCUAUGGUAACUCUCACUUCACCACUCAUAAACAAUGUCCUUUGGGGUAUUAGAAACUGUAAAAACAGAUCAGUGUGCUAUUGUUCAAUUUCUCACAUCUGUGCCAUUCUAAUAAAAUCAAGGGAUUGUCCUUCCUCUUUCUAUAGAUAAAAGUUACUAGGUCUUGAUUUGUAUAAAGAAUUUGCUCCUUCUCCUCUCUUUCUUUCUGUGUGCAUCUACUGAAUGAGGUUUUGGUUUAGAGGAGAUUGCUACCUAGAUUAAUGUACUCACUGUAACGUGGCUCUUGGCAGAGAAGUGUCACGGCUAAUAUAAGAAUGGAAUAUAAAUGAAAAGCCUAUUUUUUAAUAUUUGUUUCUUUGUGUAAAUCAAAAUACAAACAAACCCAAAUCAUGUAAUUGGAGGCUGCAUGAAUCAGUUGUACAUACAAGUAUUUACUACUAUACUGUUGCAAUACUAAAGAAAUGAAAUUUCUAUUGUUAGUACCCAUAGUGAAAAAUCUGUACUUUGGGGCUAACAUUUAUAGUUAUAUUUGAAUAUCUAUGGAUCUACUGUAUUCAUUCUGUAAUUUUGAAUUAUUAGGCAAACAGCAUAGUAUCAGUCCACACAGACUCCCAGACAACGUUGUUCUAGCAGUUUCGGCUGUUAAGAUACUGGAUCGUAUUGAUUUUGCCAACAUGUGCAUUUAUAAUAUUCAUACAUAGCACUUUUCAUCAUUGUCAGUUUCAUACCCACAUUUUCUUGAACCUGUUGUGACAUUCUUCUUUAAUAAAUAUGAUUUUGACAAAAAAGAUUUCUCUUUUACUACUGGGAUGUGGUUCAGCCAAGGAAAAUAAGAUAAUUUGGCCAAAAGGUAAUAAUUCAUCUCAUUCCCUGAAACACUAUCACAUAGAAGCUAGAAUCCUCUUGGUGACAUG